CACUGACAAAGGCUCCAUCCAGCCAUGCUCCAGAGGGCUGCUGGUUCCCAGAGACCCUCAGAGGUUCAGAAUCUCAGUACCUCUGUUUUCUGCUGCUCAGACAGCACAGAGCUACCCCCAUCUCCUCCUCCUGGACCUGUGCUUGGAUUACUCAUGGGUGGGAGAAAACCAAGACCAGAUUUAAGUUAGCAAAGUUGGAGGUCUGGGAUUAGAAGAUCGAGGACCUUCUUCUUACCGGAAUAACAAACAACUUUGGAUUUUUACUUCUUUUUCCCUGUUUUUUGUUUUUCUCUGAAACUCUGGUCAUUUUUACAAUUAGGAAUUUUUCCAAAGAAAGGCUGAUCACUUUAAACCUCAGCACUGGAACUUUAGGUGCUCCUGGGAUUUCUCUCAAUCAGUUCCAAAGCCUUCAGCCUCUGUCACUAAUACUAUUUCAUAUUGAAUUGUGUCUAAUGGCUUCGUCAGUCAGCCUGCUGCUGUGGCUGCUCCUGCCUCUGCUGCUCAUUGAUGCAACCCAUGCCGCUCAGCGUCCGGAGCAGCAGAGCGGCACUGCGGAGCAGUUUGAUGUGAAACCCCAGCAAACGUGGACUAGCAGGCAGGGAAGACGUUUAGACGAGAUGCACACCUCUGAACGGAGCAUGGUGCCGCCUGAGAUGCUGGAUCUGGACCAGGACCACCAGCGCCGCCUGGCCCGUGGUGCAGAAGAAGAAGAGCAACAGUCCACCUUCAGCCACUCCUUUGAGAAUGAAUGGGUGACAACACCGCAAGUUACAGAGUUCAGUAACAUGACAAAAGUGGAGUCUGUGGGCAAUUCCUCCAACCCUGAUGGUGCUCCGGGACUCUUUAACCCUUUCUACCCUCUGGCAGAGAGCUUGUAUGUUGCCUAUGCCGUUCUGUUCCUGGCUGGUCUGGUUCUGGCAGUCGGAGUAGUGGCAAACAUGGCAGUCAUGUGCAUUGUCUGGAACAACUACUACAUGAGAUCUGCCUGGAACUACCUCUUGGCUAGCAUGGCAUUCUGGGACUUCAUGGUCCUAGUGCUCUGCCUUCCAGUCGUGGUCCUGAACCACCUUACCCACAGGAGGAUCCUGGGUGACAUCACCUGCCGAAUGGUGCCUUAUAUGGAGGUUGUAUCUCUUGGUAUCACCUCCUUUACCCUCUGUUGUCUUGGCAUUGCUCGUUUCCACGCCGCCACCUCCUCGUCUCAGUCAAAUGGUCGGCGGGUUGAACGCUGCCUGUCGGUGCUGCUGAAGCUGCUGCUGGUGUGGCUGACUGCUGUGACGCUGGCCAGCCCCGAAAUCUUUCUGUGGCAACUCAGCCAAGCAGUUUCCCCGUCCACCAGUCACAUGGUAGAUUCCUGCAUCAUCACGCCGUCAUCUCCGUUGGCCCUCUACCUGCCUGACUCCCUGCACUCUCUGCUGCUCAGGUACCACCAGGGUCGCAUGUGGUGGUGUUUUGGCUGCUACUUCUGCCUUCCUGUGGUCUUUACUAUACUCUGCCAAAUGGCUACCCGCAACGUGAACAGCGACUCCAACUCCACCCAGAAGGCCCGUGGCCUCGAAGACCGCUCUGACGGGCAGAAGCGUCAGCAGCACCAGGCAGUGGAGCAUCAGCUGAACUGCACGCUGUUGGCUUUAGCCGUGGUUUACGGCCUCUGUGCUUUACCUGAACAUGUCUGCAACAUCACGCUGGCCUACACGCACAUCACCGUUUCUGAAGACACAGCCUCCAUGCUGGCACUGCUGCAUCACUUCCUGCUUUUCUUCAAGUGCUCAAUAACUCCUGUACUGCUGCUGUGUUUGUGUAAGGCUCUCGGUCAGGCUUUCAUGGACUGCUGCUGCUGCUGCUGUCAGGAGUGUCAACCGACUGCAGCCCAGGGCUCGCCGGGCUCCACCCAGGCCAAGAUGAAAGCCGCUAAUGAGACGUCUGUCUUCUUUGACAAAGCUAAAGACACAUCAGUCAUCCAGUCUAUUUCCAGUUAGAACCAUAAAUCUUCUAUCAGUCUGAUUUUUGUCUUUACUCACCAAUUUGCUUCUCAUCACAUUUACAUUAGCUGUAUGCAUAGUUGUUUUUUUUUCUCUACAAAUUCAUCUGCUCUUUUUCUCUGGUUGUAACUAUAAACCAUGUCUGUGCAUCGUGUUUUUUGGCUACCAAGUUAAGGCAUGGUUUGUCUGAUAAUGCAGGGCUAAUGCUUAUUUCAUGGCCAGGUUAGAAAGGUUGCUCUUUCUCCCACUGUGACAGCCCUAUCCUCCAACUGUCCCUCAUCCAGCAUUCCAUGUAAAGAGGACCACCGUGACUUAAUACUGUGAAGUUUAAAUGCUUUUCUGUAAAGUUAUUUAAAGAAACGGGUGGUGAAUUCAGUUUGCUCAGAUGAGAAAAAUAGGAUGUGCUGCAGUGACGAGAUGCUGCUGUGCAUGAAAAUUAGGGCAAGUUCAGCUAUUUGGCAACAUUAAAAAAAUGUGAGAUUUUAAUGCAUUCAGGCCAACUGAAACCCAUUUUACAGUCUGUGCAAAAAUCAUGAAAAAAGAAACUCCCUCUCAAAGCUUAGAUUUCCAAAGAAGGAAAAAACUGCUGUCUGUGAAUAUCUCAAAAUGCAUAAAUGAGAGAAUCUCAUUGGUGAUUAUAAGUUCUAUUCCAAUUUCAAAAUUAAGGGAAUAUUUGAAAUGUGUUGAUUUUUUUUUCAUUUCUCUGUUUUUGAUUACUGGUUCAGAUCUGUGUUGUAAGGAGUUGGCCAGCUCCUGGCACCUGGUUCAGGUGAUCCAGCUUUUGCAUAUGAGAACUGGGCUGGGCGACCCCUCCCCCUAGCCUUCCAAACAGGAAGUAGCCGCUUGUUUCAAGCAACCACAAUCCUACAGACUUUUAUAGAGAAAUAAAAUGCUGUUACUCAGUCAUUUGUAAUUUGUAGUAAAGGUUAUUCAAGUUGUUAACUGACCAGUCAGUUGCCUCUAAAAUAGUAUUUAGUCUGGCAUCCAAUGUUUAAAAUGUUUGAUUGACAGGAUCUCCUGAGCCACCUUUCAGGUGAUAGGGGUGUGGCCUUCCAACAAGUUUACUACCGAUUGGGAAGAGUGAUUGCCAUAGAAACCUUGACUGACCAAGUCAGACCAGUCACUGCUUACUGAUGAUUUCUGGUUCCAACAUGGUGCCGUCCAUUUCAUGAAUAAAUGGCGAUUGUAUUGACUUCCUAUCAUUGGAACUGGAAGUAAACCAUUUUGACGUCACAUUCACUCAGUCCAGUUCUUGUUUACAGUCAGUGAUUCCAUCCCAGGAUUAUUAGGCAACAUUCCAUAUUUGCCUUCAGAAAGGUUUUUUUUUUUAUAAAUGUUUGCAACUUUUCCAUUGGAUGAGGGCAUGUCAAGCCUACAGCAUGUCCUCUAAUUGGUCUGUAACCAAAAACUAUCAGUAGCUACGUCUCCAUUACACGUCUGCACAAAACGUGAUUGAACUUCUGAAUUUUGAAAAAAUACAAUUUUUUUCCCCAUUAAAUCCUAAUUAUGCGAAUAAACACAAACCAACUCACGUGAUUCAAAAACAUGUCGACGGAUGUGAACAGAACUUUGAUUGACAGCAGAUACAUUAGUAACACUUUAUGAUAAGAGUCCUUAAUAAUAUAUUUAUAAGACAUUAACAAGCACUAGUAAUGUUUUAGUAAGAUGCUUAUAAGUACAUAAAUUACCAUUUGUAAAUGUCUUACAACUGACUCACAAGUUUAAAUAAGCUGUUUCUAAAAACAUUAAAAUAUCCCAUAAUAAACACAUCAUAGCCCACACUUUAGGAGGCUCAAACUAUCAAUGAAGGUUCUCGUUCAUGCAGGUGGUGUAGUCUUGAAGUUGAGUCAUAUCAUGGGAACUGUUAGCAUAUGUAUUAACCCCAUUCAAAGGCUUGUAUAGAUCACCCCGUUUGGUCACACUUUAGAUUGGGGGGCUGCAAAACACUCAAACUGUUAAAAAGAACACUGUUAAUAUAUGUAUUAAUCCCAUACAAGCAAUUUAUAAAUAGUUUGUGAAUAGGAUUAACAAAUGCUAAGUAGUUUAUUAAGGAACAUUUUAAUGUUAAAAACAGCUUAUUUGAACUUGUAAGUCAGUUGUAAGACAUUUACAAAUGCUAAUUAAUGCACUUACAUGCAUCUUACUAAAACAUUACUAGUGUUUGUUAAUGUCUUAUAAAUAGUUUAUUAAGGACUCUUAUCAUAAAGCGUUACCAAUGCGGUAACACUUUAUGAUAAGAUUCCUUAAUAAACUAUUUAGAUUUCUGCCACGGCAUUAUCGCUCAUCAUCAUCUAUCAAAGAAGACCUCGCCGUCUUCUUCAGGCCGUGGAGCGGCGAGCUCCUCACUCAUGGGAGGGGCUACGGAUGAAGCCGUUUUGGGAAAUGGUGGUGAUUUUACAGAGCCAACAAUUCCACAUGACAUGAUCAACUUUUGAUGAGCUGUGUGACGCUGUGGAACCUCUGGUGGUGUCCGCUUUGAAGUGACCAAGGCCGCCAGUUCCUACCAAGAAGCACAUUGUCAUCCGGCGGUCACAUGACUUGUUUAAUUAAAAACAUUUGUUUUCAUUGCAGUUUUGAGAAAUGUAUCAAUUUUGAUACACCCAAAAAACCAUCUCCUCCAACCGCAUACACUUUUUUUUUCAAAAAAUGCGAGUUUUAUCAAAAUUGUCAUGUUUCCAUAAUUUGCGCAAAAUCCUGGUCAAUGGAAAUGCAGCUACUGGUAUUUUUAAGUACCUUAAUUAAAACUUACAUGGAAUCCGACUGUCAUUCAAUGUGUAUCUUUCUCUCCAGCUAUUAAACCAGAACUAAAAUCAAGACAUAUGUAUAAAGGUUGUUGUUCUAUCAUUAGUUUUAGAAGGAAGUCGCCCUUUGAAAAGUCUUUUUCCUUUUAAUAUUUAGUCUGAAUAUCAAAUUCCAUCUGUGUUUUUAAUGUUUCUGUGGAGUGAUUCAGUGUGUGAAAACUCAUGUCCUGACUGAGAUGACUGAUGACAUGACAACAAGCACAAUUCCAUGUGACAGUGUAGAAGUAAUCAAAGAUUCCCCAAAAAGGAUUUUAAGUCUUUAACCCUUGUGUUAUCUUAGGUGACCCCACCCUUACAUUGACGUGUUCUCCCUACCAUGACAAAGGUGGAUAAAGUUGGAAAGAUUUCGUGUAAUCCAUGGACACCAGUGAAGAUCACAAAUCAUUGAAGAAAAAAGGUUCAGAGCACUGUCUAGUGGGUCUAGAUGACCCAACUCUCAAUGUUAAAGUGCCUAGGAUAGCACAAGGGUUAACUGAGAGAAAACUCUAGUCAGCAUCUAGUUCUCUCUUCCCUUAGCAUCACCUUGAUAAUAAAUCUAUAAAUCAAACAUUACUAUUUCUACAGACACAGAAAACUUCAUGUUGCAAUCCCGAAUUUCAGUGUCACCUAAUGUAUUGAGAGUGUGACACUUGUGUUUUCAGCUUUUCCAUCACAUCUGUCAUUUUAGAUGAACGGUUUUUGACAUAUCUUGUAGAUGCUUUGCUAAAGUUUUCUGCUGAAUCAGAAAGAGGUGGUGUGAAAAAUCCUCUCAGCAUUUGUUAAUAUUUUGCAAAGAAUAAUCCAUGUACACAAUUAGACUGCAAUGAUGCUGUCUAUAUGCUGUUUGCCUGUUUAGUGCAAACAGCACAAUUAUAAACAUGUUUUUUUUUUAAACUCCAAAAUACAAAUCUGUAGAUUUAAGGUUUGCGUUUUCUUGAAGCAUGUUGGCACAGACUUUGCUUUGGGUUUUUUGUUUCUUUGUCAAUAUUUACUUUUCUUGAAAAUGUGCAAAGAAUUUGAUUUAUUUGUCAGGAAACAUGCAAGGAUUUAUCUCUAUUUUCAACUGACACUUUAUGCCACACUUUGUGUUGUGUAAAUUCAUCUUAGAUGUAAAAAUAAAUAAUAUAAAAUUAGUCCAGUAUGUAAGAUCCUAACAGUAGAAGAGUGCCCAAACGUGUCUCCCUCUGCUUUGUUGGUGUCCCUUGUGAAUCAAUAAAAAAACUAUUUCUGUUGUGUUUUAUGCA